ACAACAACAACAACAACAAAUCUAACUGUAACGACAACAGCGGCAGCAUCAUUAUUAUCAUCAUCAUCAUCAUCAUUAACAACAUCAACAUCGACAUCAACAUUAUCCGGAUCAAAAGAUGCUGAACAUCUUCAUGAAUGGUCAUUGUUUCGUCAAAAUUUAAAUGCUAAUUUUAGUGAAUCUGUAUUAAAUUCAAAACAAAAUCAAGGUUUAGCAAAUAAUUCGAGAACAAAUCAGCAACAACAACAACAAAAAUCCAAAAUGAAUGGUUUGACAACUCAAAAUACAAAUGGUGGUAGCGGUGGCACACCUGGUUUUCCAUUACGUGAAUCAACCGUAAACAAUAUACUAAGUCAUCCUAAAUAUGGUGCACAGCUUAAAAAUCAAGAUGCAUUCACAUAUCUAAGGUUUGGUUUACCAAGAGUUAAAACAUUGACAACAAUGAAUAAUGGUAAUAGUGGUGAUGAACAGCAGCAACAGCAUCGGCGAUUAUCUAGAAAUAAUAAUAAUAACAACAAUAAUACAAUCGAUAUGAUCGAUGAUGAUCAAGAUUCUUCUGGUAGAAUAAUAAAAACGGGAAAUCGAAAUACAACAAUGGCAAUGAAAUCAAAUGAUCGUUCAGGUUCGGCUGCUAUUAAUGAAGAGCUUAAACGUCGUUUUUGGGGCUCUAAUUCAGCAUUAAUUCAUCCGACAACAGCGGCAACGACAAAUGCUGCAUUAUCAUCAACAUCAACAUCAUCAUCAUCAGAAAAUGAAUCUGAUUUAUCGGCAAAAGAAGCCGCUACUGUUGCGAAUCAGAAAAAUCAUUUCAACAAUAAUAGAUAUAAUAAUAAUAAUAAUCAUUAUCAACAUCAUCAGGAUCGAUUUUCUAAACCACCGAUUGCGAAACAUCAUAUGACAAGAUUACAAACAGCACAUGAUAUUUCUUCUCGCCAUUCUGAUCAUCAUCUACAUCAUCCACAUCAUCAUAAAGAUUAUCCAAAUAAUAAUAACAAUAAUUCUGAUGUUGAAGAUUUUCAUAUUCAUCCAGCAUCACGCCAUUCACCAUUCAAUAUUGAUGAUGAUGAUGAUCUUAAUAUUGAUGCCGGUAAUGGCGGUGGUGAACCGACAUUUGGCCUAAAUCCUCAAUCAUCAUCAUCAUCAACAUUACCACCACCAUUAGCUAAACAUCCACAUUUAGUUGUCAAAGAUUUAAUGUAUGAAGUGGAUAAAUCAUCUAAUUGGCGACGGCUUUGUGGUUUUAGUCGACAAAAAUUACGUGUACUUGAAGAUAUUAGUUUCGAUGUUCGUGGUGGUGAAUUAAUGGCCAUUAUGUCUACUUCAGCAAAUGAAGGCACAUCAUUGUUGAAUGUAUUGGGUGCACGUCAUGAUUAUCGAAAUGGUACGGCACGUGCAGAAAUCUAUCUGAAUGGUGUAUUGAUAUCCACGAAACAUUUAAGCCAUAUGAUAGGAUAUGUAACGAAAAAUAUGCAAUUAUGUUCAACAAUGUCUACAAGACAGGCAUUAUUAUUUGCCGGUCUAUUAAUGGGUCCAGCAUCAAGAAGUUCAACCGAUGUUAAACGAUUGACACGAACCCUGUUGGAAGAGCUUAAUCUAGGUGAAGUUCGUCACACAAAACUGUCGGAAUUAACAUAUUCAGAACGACGACGUUUACAUGUUGCAAUGCAUUUAUUACUCGAUACCGAAUUAUUAUUGAUUGAUCAACCGCUUUUUGGUUUAGAUAUUUUUGAUUCUUUUUUCAUGAUUGAAUAUCUACGACAAUGGGCAAUGAUUGGCGGCAGAAUUGUGAUAAUGACAAUAUCACCACCAACAUAUGAAGUGUUCACAAUGAUUCAUCGUGUUUUACUUAUAUCAGCCGGACGACCAUUAUUUGUUGGUCCGAGAAAAGAUUUUCUUCGUUAUUUCAAUUCAAUAGGAUAUCCAUGUCCAUCAUUUAAAAAUCCAAGUGAUUAUUAUCUUGAUCUUGUCACAUUGGAUGAUUUAAGUCAGGAAGCGUUAUUGGAAUCAAGUCAACGUAUUGAAAAUAUUGCCAAUAUUCAUAGCCGUAGAUCAAUGAGUGAAAUAUUUAGUUCAAUGCCCGGACCACCAGCCGUUUUGCCAGCACCAUUUCGACGAGCCAAUUUUGCUAUGCAAUUCUUAGCACUUUGGAUCCGUGCAUUGAUAUUCAGCUUUCCAUACAAUGUUGUUCAUUUAUUCAAUCGUUUCAUAAUCACAUUGUUAUUAUCAUUGAUUAUUGGCGGUAUUUAUUGGCAAAUACGAACGGGUCGUGAACAGGAAUUUGUUUGGGAUCGUAUCGGUUUCAUUAAUACAAUGAUUUCCAUUGGAAUUAUUCCAAUAUUAACUAUAGAAUUGAUCAAUGCCUAUACGGAAAAAUUAUACAUCAUAUCCGAAGUUCAUCAAGGAUUCUAUUCCCUACCUGCUUAUUUAUUGGCCAAAUUACUUUAUUCAACACCGCAAACAAUUUUGAUUGGUCUUGCAUAUGCAUUACCAGCCUGUUCAAUGGCCGGUCUUCAAUUGCAUUCGAAUCCAAAUUCAUUACCAUUCUAUCUAUUACUUAUGUUAUCAUAUUUUAUAGCAUUACGUUCAUUUAUCAAUGCUAUUGUAUGGAUUUGUAAUCGUCGUUCGAAUGCAUUGUUUUUAUUCGGAUUCCUAUUCACCAUUUUUCUUUUAUCAUCUGGUAUUAACAUUCAAUAUCGAGAUAUAUCAAUCACGCAUCGUUGGUUACGACAAAUAUCACCAAUACGAUGGUUACAUGAAGCAAUUGUUGCAUGGGAAUUUGAACCAAAUACUAUUGAUAAUUUGAAUAAUGGUGGUGGUAGUAGUAGUAAUAGUAAUACUAUCAGCAACAUUAUUAUUUCAUCAUUUUUAUGUAGUAGAAAUCCUGUGAUUCAACAACCAAAUGCCAUAUUGGUUCGUGCCGAUUGUGGUUUUCAACAACGAUCCAACAUACUUAAAUGGUUUGAAUAUCAAGGAGGAAACAUUUUUACCACCAAACCAAAUCUACGACCUAGUUGGCAUGCAUUCAUUGCAUUGUUUAUAUUAUUUAUCGGUUCAUUUAUAAUCGGUUCAAUCAUAUUUUGUUUACGUGUUUAUUAUUUCAACAACAAUAAUAAUAAUAAUGAUGAUCAAUGUCCGAUGAAAAAUCAUCAAGAUUCUACAUCCACAGCGGCUAUUGGUUCGUCAGCCAGACAUAAUCAUCAUCGAUAAUAAACAUAUAUACACACACACACACACAAAAUAAAUAUCGUUACAAUUGAAAUUGUGUAUUUGGUAGAUUCUGAUUGUAUUUUUCCAUUGUACAGUGAAAAAUUCAAUCAUUUUUUUUUCACUAAUAUUUCCGCUUUUUUUCUUCUUCUUCUAUUCAUGAUGGACAUUUGUCACGAUUUUAUUUUAUUUCAUUUUUUUUUUUCGUUUUCUUUUUAUCAUUGUAUAUUUAUGUUGCCGGAAAAUAUAUUCAUAUCUGUAUCAAUGAGUCUGUCCAUUCAUUUUUGUCGACAACAACAUCAAAUCAUCAAUUUUUUUUAUUUUAUUUUUGUUCGACAUUUUACUGAUUAAUA